CAAUCAAACAAAAAUUUUCAAGCCGUUACAAAAACAAUUAUUCUUAAACACAAAAAAACAAAAACAUGUGUACCGUUGCGAUCUCAAACUCACCGGUGUUCUCACCGUCACAAUCGAUCUUUCACAAAUCAUCGCCAGAGCCUUUGACUUUGACCCGCUCUCCAUCAUCGCCGUCGUCAUCUUUCAAGUUCCGGCUACAAAAGCCACUAACUCCGGUGAGUGGGCUUAUUAGAGCGUCAAAUGAAGAUGGACCCACUUGUUCUCCAACUUUGUUGAAGAGAAAAAGACCCACUAGAUUAGAUAUUCCUGUCGGGUCUUUUUGUGUUGACCGGUCAACUCCGGCGCCGGCGAUGGAAGAUCGGUGGAAGGAGGUGGUGGUUGAUGGUGAUGGGUAUUCGGUUUAUUGUAAGAGAGGGAAAAGAGAUGCCAUGGAAGAUCGGUUUGUUGCUAACGUUGAAAUUAAUGGAGAUAAUAAAAAGGGGUUCUUUGGUGUUUUUGAUGGUCAUGGUGGAUCAAAAGCGGCUGAAUUUGCAGUCGAAAAUCUAGAAAGCAAGAUCCGAGAUGAAGUAGAAAAGAGGGGAGAAGUCGAAAUAGUUGAAGCAAUCAAACAAGGUUACUUAAACACGGAUUCAUCAUUUUUAAAGCAAGAACAACGCGGCGGGGCUUGUUGUGUGACGGCUAUCAUUAACUCGGGCAACCUUGUUGUAUCAAACGCUGGUGAUUGUCGUGCGGUUGUCAGCAGAGGUGGAACGGCUGAAGCCCUUACUUCUGAUCAUCGCCCUUCAAGACUAGACGAAAAGCAAAGAAUUGAAUCCUUGGGUGGUUAUGUUGAUUCCAGUAGAGGUGUUUCUCGAGUUCUUGGAUCACUAGCGGUUUCAAGAGGAAUUGGUGACCGUAGCCUAAAACAAUGGAUUACAGCUGAACCCGAAACCAAAAUCUUCAAACUCAGUCCUGAAUUCGAAUUCUUGAUCAUGGCUUCUGAUGGUUUAUGGGAUAAAGUAAGUAACCAAGAAGCGGUUGACCUAGCUCGACCUUUUUGCUCAUCUAUAGAUAGUUUACAAGCAAGUUCAGCUUGCAAGAAGCUCGUUGAGCUCUCAGCUUCUCGAGGAUCCGUGGAUGAUACGAGUGUGAUGAUCGUUCAGCUUGGUCGUUUCUGUUGAUGGGAUGGAAAUUUUAGAAAGAUCAUCAAGAAAACAAUUUUAUCGGAUUUUUGAUGAUCUUAUUGUUUCUUGUGAUAUCUAGGACUAUAGUUUUAACAAAGAUUAACUUACUACAUUCAUUCAUUUAUUCUUUCUAUUAACGUUAACGGGCAUACUUUAAAAUUUAUUCAUUCAUUCUUUCUACGAGUUGAACUUGUGUUAAAAGCAUUCACUUUUGAUUUACUUCGCCAAAUUAUAACGAAUACAUGCUUACGCCAUCAUUAGCAGCUAACGUCCUCAAAAUCUACCUCUACAAGCACGGCCAAGGAAAACGUAUAUUUGCGAGAACUGAUCCAAGAGAUGUACUGCAAGUAAUUGAUGGAACGCUGAUUAGUGGAUUACUUUGGCUAAGAAGUGUAUUGAGGGAGAUAUCCUUUGCUCUUAAUGGACACUAUGGAAGAAUCGGAACGAGAAGGUUUUUUCAUCUAAUGGCAAUGACUCUCUGUUUGAUUUCAUUGUAAUUCUCAGUCUUAUUUUUGGGAUUCAAGUAGUUAUAGAAAAAACCGCUUAUCAGAGGCCGAAUGGUUUAAAAAUCCACUACUCUCUAUGUAACACGUUGAAGUUUUUAUUUUCUUCGGGUUAAAUACUUAAGUCAACCCAGUAAAAAUGUUUUAGUAA